AUGAGGGGUGAAGAGGUGUGGAUGAGGGGUGGAGAGAGCAGGAAGUGUGUUGACGGGGGGGUUGUGAGCAACAGGCAUCAGUUGUCUCCAAAAGUAGCAAUUGAAGCAGCAAUUGAAGCAGCAAUUGAAGCAGCAAUUGAAGCAGCAAUUGAAGCAGCAAUUGAAGCAGCAAUUGAAGCAGCAAUUGAAGCAGCAAUUGAAGCAGCAAUUGAAGCAGCAAUUGAAGCAGCAAUUGAAGCAGCAAUUGAAGCAGCAAUCGAAGCAGCAAUCGAAGCAGCAAUCGAAGCAGCAAUCGAAGCAGCAAUCGAAGCAGCAAUCGAAGCAGCAAUCGAAGCAGCAAUCGAAGCAGCAAUCGAAGCAGCAAUUGAAGCAGCAAUUGAAGCAGCAAUUGAAGCAGCAAUUGAAGCAGCAAUUGAAGCAGCAAUUGAAGCAGCAAUUGAAGCAGCAAUUGAAGCAGCAAUUGAAGCAGCAAUUGAAGCAGCAAUUGAAGCAGCAAUUGAAGCAGCAAUUGAAGCAGCAAUUGAAGCAGCAAUUGAAGCAGCAAUUGAAGCAGCAAUUGAAGCAGCAAUUGAAGCAGCAAUUGAAGCAGCAAUUGAAGCAGCAAUUGAAGCAGCAAUUGAAGCAGCAAUUGAAGCAGCAAUUGAAGCAGCAAUUGAAGCAGCAAUUGAAGCAGCAAUUGAAGCAGCGAUUGAAGCAGCGAUUGAAGCAGCGAUUGAAGCAGCGAUUGAAGCAGCGAUUGAAGCAGCGAUUGAAGCAGCGAUUGAAGCAGCGAUUGAAGCAGCAAUUGAAGCAGCAAUUGAAGCAGCAAUUGAAGCAGCAAUUGAAGCAGCAAUUGAAGCAGCGAUUGAAGCAGCGAUUGAAGCAGCGAUUGAAGCAGCGAUUGAAGCAGCGAUUGAAGCAGCAAUUGAAGCAGCAAUUGAAGCAGCAAUUGAAGCAGCAAUUGAAGCAGCAAUUGAAGCAGCAAUUGAAGCAGCAAUUGAAGCAGCAAUUGAAGCAGCAAUUGAAGCAGCAAUUGAAGCAGCAAUUGAAGCAGCAAUUGAAGCAGCAAUUGAAGCAGCAAUUGAAGCAGCAAUUGAAGCAGCAAUUGAAGCAGCGAUUGAAGCAGCGAUUGAAGCAGCGAUUGAAGCAGCGAUUGAAGCAGCGAUUGAAGCAGCGAUUGAAGCAGCGAUUGAAGCAGCGAUUGAAGCAGCAAUUGAAGCAGCAAUUGAAGCAGCAAUUGAAGCAGCAAUUGAAGCAGCAAUUGAAGCAGCAAUUGAAGCAGCAAUUGACGCAGCAAUUGAAGCAGCGCCUAACUUGUGA